ACUGUCACCUUCAUCGACCCUUGUUUGUAUUUAAGACAUAUGAUGUUGUCUCCUCUAUAAAUAACACCCACGGUACUCCUGGUUAAUGAUUAGAACUAAUACGUACAUACAACAUUUGUACAUACUAACCACACAAAUUUAUAUAACCUAUGAUAUAUUUAGGCAGAAUAGAUCCUCUGUUUUAUACAACAAUGACAAAAACACUUGAGAUUGACAUAAGAUCCGCAGAGGGGCUCAAGAUAAACCGGAGACUGAUCAAGAAGAAAAAGACUUUCGCCGUCGCAAGGAUCGGCGAGAAGUCGUCUCGACCUUCGAGUCUCGACGACUCGGGAGGAAGCAAUCCAAAGUGGAACUUCAAGUCGGAGAUGCCGAUGAAAGGGAGUGUACAGUUUAUCUCCAUUGAGGUAUUUUAUCGAACACGUUGUGGGCGCGAGAAGCAAAUCGGAGAAGCUCGGAUUCCAGCGACGGAUUUCAUGGGAAGGUAUUCACAUGAAGGUCAUUUGAAUUUCUUGAGCUAUAGAUUAAGAGAUGAGUAUGGUGAUAAAUGUGGAAUUGUGAAUGUUUCGAUUGUGGUUAAACCCCAUUCCACAGAAACGACGAUGUUCAUGGCUUCUUCUUCGUCUGAGACGCCGUCGAUUGAUGGGUAUCGUGGUCGGGCUGUAACUGGACUUCCGGUUUGGCGUGUGACAACAUAAACUCGUGUUUGGUCUCCACCAUUUGCGAUGAACACGCGCCGUAAUACUUCUUGUCCGACGAAGAAAGACUUAUUACAGGAGUAACUUUUUUAGGUGUGUGUUUCAACGGCCGACAUAAACUGGUGUUUGGCUUCACGUCUGUCCUAAGGAUUUGUCCAAUUCAGAAUUGAGGAAGAAAGAUGUGAUUAGUGGGUUUUUUUUUCUGGACAAGAAAAAAUGAGUUUUGUUGUAUGAAAUUUUGAUUACAAAGUUCAAAAUAAAGUCGAACUUGUAAUUGUGAUAUUUUAAGAACUUGUUCUGGAAAAGACA